AUGGCUGAAACACACGGUGACUGCGACCCCGCAUUUAAUUCGGUCCGCGAACUCCUAGCAAAGCAAGUCGCCAAUGACUCCGAAGUCGGUGCAUCCAUCUGCGUAAACAUUGAUGGCAAAAAUGUCGUUGAUAUCUGGAGCGGCCAUGCAGAUCCGAAACGUACUAAACCAUGGAGUAAAGAUACCCUGACGGCGGUUUUUUCCUGCUCCAAGGUGGUCACCAACAUUGCAGCCUUGAUUCUAGUCACUCGUGGGCUACUCGACCCGAACGAAAAAGUCUCCAAGUAUUGGCCUGAGUUCGCAGUCAACGGGAAAGAGAGCAUCAAGGUGUCUCACUUUAUGAGCCAUACGUCUGGUGUGGCGGGCUGGGAGCCGGUAAUUCCUCUGGAAGAUCUCUAUGAUACCAGAAAGGCAACAGAUUGGCUUGCGGCCCAAGCCCCCUGGUGGACUCCAGGCGAACAUAGUGGCUAUCACCUUGUGUGUCAGGGUCAUCUGAUAGGUGAAAUUAUCCGACGGAUCAGUGGCAAGUCACUGAAGCAAUUCAUCGCCGACGAGAUCACUGGUCCUCUAGGCGCGGAAUUCACACUUGGAUUGCCCGAGAAAGAUUGGCCUCGUGCUGCAGUGCUCAUUGCUCCCCCUCCUCUACCGCUACACCAACUGGACCCAGCAAGUGUUCCAGGGAAGGCAUUCGCAGGGCCCCAUGUCAGCGCCGAGGAAUCCAUGAGCCCCGGGUUCAGGGCUGCGGAGAUUGGUGCAUCCAAUGGCUUCAGUAAUGCGCGUGCCUUGGCUCGGAUCGGCUCGGUGGUUGCGCUGAACGGCAGUGUCGACGGCAAGCAGUACCUCUCUCCGGAGGUCAUUAACCGCAUGCUCGAGGAGCAGAUCAGCGGAGUGGAUUUGGUUCUGGGAACCUAUAAUCGUUUCGGUCUUGGCGUCGGGCUUCCCUCGCCGAAGACUCUCACUUGGAUCCCAGAAGGACGGAUUUGCUUCUGGGGCGGAUGGGGUGGGUCGAUCAUGAUCAUGGAUCUCGAGCGUCGGAUGACCAUCACUUAUGCCAUGAAUCGAAUGGAAAACGGCACUAUAGGCAACAGUAACACUGCACUUUACGUGGAGGAAAUCUACAAGAUCGUGAAUGCUCUUUAG